AUGAGUGGGGAGUGGGUGCACUCAGGCCAGACCCUGAUCUGGGCUGUUUGGGUCCUUGCAGCUGCCAUCAAGGGGCCAGCCACCGCCGAUGCACCAACCAGGCACACCAACCUGGGAUGGGUCCGGGGGACGCAAGCUUCUGUUCUGGGAAACGACAUGCUCGUGAAUGUGUUCCUUGGGGUCCCUUAUGCCGCACCCCCUGUAGGGCCCCUGCGAUUUGCAAACCCGGAGCCUUUACUGCCCUGGAAUGGUUUCCUAAAUGCCACGUCCUACCCUAAAUUGUGCUUCCAGAAUUUAGAGUGGCUGUUCACAGAUCAACACAUUCUCAAGGUGCGUUACCCCAAAUUCAGAGUAUCGGAAGACUGCCUGUACCUUAACAUCUACGCACCGGCCCAUGCGGAAACCGGCUCCAGGCUCCCGGUCAUGGUGUGGCUCCCUGGCGGCGCCUUCGAGACUGGCUCAGCGUCCAUCUUCGAUGGGUCCGCCCUGGCUUCCUAUGAGAACGUGCUGGUUGUGACCAUCCAGUACCGACUAGGAAUAUUUGGCUUCUUCAACACAGGGGACAAGCAUGCGCUGGGGAACUGGGCCUUCAUGGACCAGGUGGCUGCCCUGAUGUGGGUCCAGGAAAACAUUGAGUCCUUCGGUGGGGACCCAGGCCGCGUGACCAUCUUCGGCGAGUCAGCAGGAGCAAUAAGUGUUUCCAGCCUUAUUCUGUCCCCCAUGACUGAAGGCUUAUUCCACAGAGCCAUCAUGGAGAGUGGGGUGGCCAUCAUCCCUUACCUGAAGGCCCCUGAUUAUGAGAGGAAUGAUGAUUUGCAGACAAUUGCAAGUAUUUGUGACUGCAGUGCGUCAGACUCCGUGGCUCUGCUGCAAUGCCUGCGGGCAAAGUCCUCCAAGGAGUUGCUGAGCAUCAACCAGAAAACCAAGUCUUUCACUCGAGUGGUUGAUGGCCUUUUCUUUCCUAAUGAGCCGCUAGACCUGUUGGCUCAAAAAUCAUUUCAUCUGGUUCCUUCCAUCAUCGGAGUCAAUAAUCACGAGUGUGGCUUCCUGCUACCCAUGAAGGAGUUUCCUGAGAUCAUCGGGGGCUCCAACAAGUCCCUCGCCCUGCAACUGAUAAACUCAAUCCUGCACAUCCCUGUCCAGUAUUUAUACCUUGUGGCUAAUGAAUAUUUCUACAACAUGCACUCUCUGGUCGAUAUACGAAAUCGCUUCCUGGAUCUGCUUGGAGAUGUGUUCUUUGUGAUCCCUGGGCUGGUCACAGCUCAAUAUCACACAGAUGCUGGUGCCCUUGUCUACUUCUAUGAAUUUCAGCAUCAGCCCCAGUGCUUGAAGGACAGGAAGCCACCUUAUGUCAAGGCUGAUCACACUGAUGAAAUCCGCUUCGUCUUUGGAGGCGCCUUCCUGAAGGGCAACAUUGUCAUGUUUGAAGAAGCCACAGAGGAAGAGAAAGGACUGAGCAGGAAGAUGAUGAGAUACUGGGCUAACUUUGCUCGGACUGGGAAUCCUAAUGGGAAAGGUCUGCCUCUGUGGCCGGCCUACAGGCAGUCUGAGGAAUACUUGCAGCUGGACUUGAACAUAAGCGUGGGACAGAGACUGAAAGAGGUGGAGCUGAAAUUUUGGACAGAAACCCUCCCCUUAAUGAUGACCUCGUCUGGAGCUCUCCUGGCUUCUCUUUCUUCCUUAACCUUCCUUUUUCUACUCCUGCCUUUCAUUUUCUCUUUUGCUCCCUGAGAAGUUAUCUUUGUGUAGUUUUGGUUUUCCUUCUCCUACAAUUUCGUCCACCAUCAUUAGCUUCAUCUAUGUUCAGUUACUUUAUGGAAUCAGCUGCUUUAUCUGUGUUUUGGGAACUUGGGGAUGAUCCUUAAAAAACUAUUUUCAACAUCAAAAAAUGCAGU